CAAAUAGUACAAAAGCUGUCAGGGGAACUGGGAAGUUUCACUCACAACAACUCAUACACUGUGGACCUGACACGAAGAGCAUAGCUCAGUUAUCGCAGUGCUACUUCUCUAUCUGUUGAUAUUCCGAACAACUUUGACAUAAAGACAUGGCGUCAAUGGAGCUUCUAAAUGAUCAGAAUGUGGUGUCUAGGGUGGCAAGUCUUCCCCUGGUUAGCUCUACUUAUGACCUCAUGUCAAAAGUAUACCUGCAAACCAAGGACCAGCACCCGUACCUGAAGAGCGUGUGCGAAGUCGCCGAGCUGGGCGUCAAAACCGUGUCAACUGUUGCUCUCAUUAGCGCUCUGCCAAUCAUCGACAAACUGGAACCACAACUUACCAUUGCAAAUGUCCUGGCCUGCAAAGGACUGGACCAGAUUGAGAAGAGCCUGCCCAUCCUGCUCCAGCCCUCAGAACAGGUUGUGGCCUCUGCGAAGGACACCGUUAACGGGGCGAAGGAUGUCGUUUCCGAGACGGUCAGCGGUGCCAAGGACACGGUGGCCGGCGCGGUGACCGGGGUGGUGGGCCGCACGCGCGGUGCCGUCCAGGGCGGCGUCGAGCUGACCCGUGCCGCGGUCACCGGGGGCGUCUCCAUGGUGAAGGAGAGCCGCGUGGUGCAGCUGGUGAGCAGCGGCGUGGACUCCGCCCUGAGCACCUCCGAGAGCCUCGUGGAGCACUACCUGCCCCGCACCGACCAGGACACCAAAAUAUCUUGUAAAGCCGUGGAGAGUUUUGAGCAGGGCCUGGAGCCCAGGAGUGUGUACACGCGUCUGGGCAGCCUGUCCACCAAGGUGGGCCAGCGCACCUACCAGAGGACCGUGGCCAAGGUGCGUGAGGCUCGGCAGCACAGCCAAGAAUCCAUCGCCCAGCUUCACCUCACCAUGGAUGUGAUUGAAUAUGCCAGAAAGAACCUUGACAACGCCAACCAGAAGAUGCAUGUGAAGCUGUCGGCCAUAAUGGAUUGGCGGGUGAGCGGGCAGACGUCUGAGGAGUGUGAUGCCGCGAAUAUUGAGUCCCGCACCCUGGUGUUGGCCCGCGGCCUCUCCCAGCAGCUGCAGACCACCUGCCAGGGCCUGGUGUCCAGCGUCCAGGGGCUCCCGCAGAACAUCCAGGACCAGGCGCUCACGCUGUCGCACCUGGCCUCCGAGCUCUACGGCAGCUUCAGCCAGGCGGUGGCGUUCGGCGACCUGUCGGACGGCGUGCUGUCCUCCAGCCGGACGCAGCUGCACCGCGUGCGCCUGCUGCUGGACGACACCAUGGACUACCUGGUCAACAACACGCCGCUCAACUGGCUGGUAGGUCCCUUUUACCCGCACAUGGAGCCCCCUGCUGGUGGCAGCGGAGGUUGCAGUGGUGGUGCUGGUGGUUCUGCUGCUGCUGACCCGCACGAUGCCUCCGCCAACAACACUCACACACAGCCUGAGCAGGACCGUGCGGCCGUCCCCCCCGAGACACGCACGGAGCGGAGAGUCUGCGACAUGAAGGCGAGGAAACAUGUGGACUCUACACACUAACUGCUGUUAAUCUGCUGUGGAUUAACCAUGUUAACGCCUUUAUUAUAGUGUUGCAAGGAGAAGCCUGUUUGUGUGUGUGUGAGUUAUGUUAUAUUUAAUACGGCAUCAUUAAUUUACCUGUUUUCACAUUGUGCAUGUGACGUUCAUACUGAAAAUGCUUCCUAUAAUGAACUUGCAGAAAUUCCACUUAACCUGACAGCUUUGGCUACAACAUGUAACUUUCCUGCAAAGCCUUAUUUGUGAUCCAGACUAGACUGAUGCCCAGCCGUUGUCUUUGUGCUAAGUUAAUAAUAAACCCAUUAAUAUAA